GGGAGAGAACCUUUGACUUACUACGAUAUGAAUCUUUCAGCGCAGGACCAUCAGACAUUCUUUACAUGUGACACAGAUCAUUUACGUCCUGCAGAUGCUAUAAUGCAAAAAGCCUGGAGAGAGAGAAACCCCCAAGCCCGAAUUUCUGCAGCACAUGAAGCUUUGGAGUUGAAUGAGUGUGCUACUGCCUAUAUUCUUUUGGCUGAAGAGGAAGCAACAACAAUUGUAGAAGCAGAGAAGCUGUUCAAGCAAGCUCUGAAAGCUGGAGAGGGCUGUUACAGGCGCAGUCAACAGUUACAGCACCAUGGUGCGCAGUAUGAAGCCCAACACAGAAGGGACACCAAUGUGUUAGUUUAUAUUAAGAGGAGGCUGGCAAUGUGUGCAAGAAAGCUGGGAAGGACCAGGGAAGCAGUGAAAAUGAUGAGAGAUUUGAUGAAGGAGUUUCCUCUACUCAGCAUGUUCAACAUCCAUGAAAACCUGUUAGAGGCUUUGUUGGAACUGCAAGCGUAUGCAGAUGUCCAGGCAGUCUUAGCAAAGUAUGAUGAUAUAAGCUUACCAAAAUCAGCAACGAUAUGUUACACAGCUGCAUUGCUCAAAGCCAGAGCUGUCUCUGACAAAUUUUCUCCAGAGGCUGCCUCAAGGCGAGGGCUGAGUACUGCAGAGAUGAAUGCAGUAGAAGCUAUUCACAGAGCAGUAGAAUUUAAUCCACACGUGCCAAAAUAUCUACUAGAAAUGAAAAGCUUAAUUCUGCCCCCUGAACAUAUUCUGAAGAGAGGGGACAGUGAAGCAAUAGCAUAUGCUUUCUUUCAUCUUCAACACUGGAAAAGAGUAGAGGGGGCAUUGAAUCUCUUACACUGCACAUGGGAAGGCACUUUCAGAAUGAUCCCCUAUCCACUGGAAAAAGGACAUCUUUUCUACCCUUACCCUAUUUGUACAGAAACUGCAGAUAGAGAACUACUACCAUCAUUUCAUGAAGUUUCAGUUUACCCCAAGAAAGAGCUUCCCUUCUUCAUCCUCUUCACUGCUGGACUAUGUUCUUUCACAGCCAUGCUAGCCCUCCUGACACAUCAGUUCCCAGAGCUUAUGGGGGUCUUUGCAAAAGCUUUUCUCAGCACCCUCUUUGCCCCUUUAAAUUUUGUGAUGGAAAAAGUAGAAAGUAUCCUGCCCUCCAGUCUGUGGCACCAGCUGACGAGGAUCUGA